AUGGAUCCUGCCAACGAUUCGUUGUAUCAACCCACUCUUUACUUCCCACAGAGAAAUGGCACGCCCGUUUCGAGUACUCAGUCAGCAAUUCCAUCGACAAAUUCAUCGAUGAUCACCAACUCUGACAUGGCUUAUGGCCAAAUAAAUGGUUUCGGAGCGAUGAAUCCUAAUUUUUUUGGGUACUGGAAUCAAGAUUCAUACUGUAAGUAUAAUUUGAAACUCUGGAAAACCCUUUUGAAAGGCCAAGAAUGCGACUUUAAUAAUUUAUUCUUCAUUAUCCAUUCAUUUCAGAUAACAAUUUUGCUCAGACAAAUGUACAAAGGCCAUUCCCCCAGUCAUCGACUUCCCCAUACGCCACUUCAUCAAAUUAUACCUCCCCACCAGUCGCAACAGAAUCAAGAAGGAAAGCGAAGAAGGCCAGAGUCCUGUUUAAAACUCAUCAAGUCAAAGCGAUGGAAGAAGUUUUCAGGAUCAAUAAGAAUCCGAAUAGUGAAAUGAAGAAGAAAUUGGAAGCACAGACUGGACUGCAAGCUAAACAGGUAAGUCGGAACCCAAAAUCGACUAGAUUGUUGACCUCUAUUUGCCUUACAAUAUCAUUCCUUACCAAUUACAAUAUAAGAUCUCGUCAUUUCAGGUCAAAAUCUGGUUUCAAAACCGUCGAUACAAAGAGAAAUGCGCAGUCAAAGAAAGAGCGGCCAAGAAAUGUAAAUCAUCAUCCUCAUCUGAGAAAGAGGACGAUGAUGAUCUACCUGCUGUCUAUGAUCAAAGCCAAAGUUACAACCCAAUGUUGAUGAAUCAAACGACGAUUCCUUUAAAUAUGAUGAGCUCACCUCAACAAGAGAACUUUUGGGUAAGUUGAAGGAUAAACCCAUCCUUAUUAAACGAAAACAUUAUUUGUUUUAUAUUAACCAUGGUUAAGUCAUCUUCACCAAAUAAAAUUUGCACAUAUGUUUUCAGUGUCCUCCUCAAAUGGUUUCAAAUUGGCCCACUCAACCUCCCAUCUAUCCCCAAUCAUUUCCACCUCAAUUCAACAGCUUCAAUGGCUAUGAAACGCCUCUAAUGUUUCCCGCAUUCGAGCAUACGGUCCCUGAGGCCGCCGAAAUCAAAUCAGAAUUCUGA